AUGGCGAGUGUGUAUGGAUUACAUAAGUUGAACAAGUGGACUUUGAGGGAUCAUUUCCCCAUGCCUUUCAUGGACCAGAUGCUUGAUAGGUUGGCAGCCACAUUUCAAAGGUGUAUGAUGUCCAUCUUUUCAAACAUGGUUGAGGACACUCUAGAGGUAUUUAUGGAUGACUUCUCUGUAGUAGGCGAUACUUUUGAUUACUGUUUGUUGAAUCUUAGCAGGGCUUUACAGAGAUGUGAGGAAGCCAACUUAGUGUUAAAUUGGGAGAAGUGCCACUUCAUGCUUUUAGAGAAAGAGGUGAAAUUUGUCUUUGAUGAGACAUGCCUUAAAGCUUUUGAGUGCCUAAAAGAGAAACUGAUUUCAGCACCAGUGAUUAUUGGCCUAGACUGGGCGGAGCCAUUUGAGGUGAUGUGUGAUACUAGUGGGACUGCGUUAGGAGUUGUGUUAGGACAAAAAUGCAACAGGAUGUUCCAUCCGAUUUACUAUGCUAUGUAUGCUUUUGAAGAGUUCAGAGCUUAUCUUCUGGGCACUAAAGUGAUAGUUCACACAUACCAUGCUUCUUUGAGAUAUCUCAUGGCAAAGAAAGAUGUCAAGCCUAGGCUGAUCAGAUGGGUAUUGCUUCUUCAAGAGUUUGACUUCGAAGUGAAAGACAGGAGAGGUUGUGAGAACCAGGUAUUAGCUGCUACUUUUGACCUUAUUCUUUGGUUUGUUGACUACGCUAAUUUUUUGGUCAGUGACUUAAUGCCCAAUGGACUAACAUAUCAGCAAAGGAAAAGGUUCUUGCAUGAUGUAGACAAGUACUUUUGGGAUGAACCAUAUCUGUACAGGGUGUGUGCUGACAAUAUAAUUAGGUAUUGUGUUCCGGAAGCCAAAAUGUUGCAUAUCUUGGAGGCCUGUCACUCAUCUCCAUGGCAAGGAGCCAUCUCUCGUCGCCGUGAGUUACCCAUGACACCUAUUCUAGAGGUGGAAUUGUUUGAUGUGUGGGGUAUUGACUUCAUGGGUCCCUUUGUGAGUUCAUAUGGGAAGAAAUAUAUACUGGUGGCUAUGGACUAUGUGUCAAAAUGGGUUGAAGUUGUUGCAUUAUCUGAGAAUGAUGGAAAGAGUGUCGUUGGGUUCUUGAAAAAUAACAUCUUCUCAAGGUUUGGAACACCCAGAGCCAUUAUCAGUGAUGGUGGGUCUCACUUCUGCAACAAAGUCUUUAGUGCACUUCUAACCAAGUAUGGAGUAAAACAGCAUAAGGUGGCAACACCUUAUCACCCACAAACGAGUGGUCAAGUGGAAGUUUCCAACAGGGAAACUAAAACAAUAUUGGAAAAGACAGUGAAUGCCAACAGGACAGAUUGGGCACGGAAGCUAGAUGAUGCCCUAUGGGCAUAUCGGACAGCUUUCAAGACACCUAUUGGUAUGUCUCCAUAA